AUGGCUACCCCUAGUGUCCUCGCUUUUGAUGCUGAGGGUCGAGCCAUUGACUUUGAGGUCUUGGUCGACGACUUGCAGCUGUUCUUACAGUGCGAUAGGGCGGACGGUCUUUCUCUCUUUGACCUCACCUCUGGCGCCUCUUCUGCAUCUGCUGCUGUUGCUGAUCCCACUAUUCGCUCUCAGUGGGCCACCCGCGAUACUGCUGCACGUCUUGCUGUGCGUCGCAACCUGCCUACCACUGAGCGCGCGCACUUUAGUCAGUACAAGUGUGCUCAGACCUUGUACGACGCUGUAGUUGCGCGCUACUCUUCCCCUGCCACUGCUGCACUGAGCCGCCUCAUGCUACCGUACCUCUUCCCUGACCUUGCUGCACUUCCCACAGUUGCUGACCUCAUUACGCACCUCCGCACUAGUGACACUUGCUACCGCGCCGCGCUGCUUGUGCCAAGAACCCCCCCCCCCAUGUACAUCACUCUCUAUUACAUAGUCACCCGCCUCCCUGACUCCCUUCGCGUAGUCACGGACCACUUUCUCUCAGUCUGUCCCACCACUCUCACUGUUGACCUCCUAGAGAAGGCCCUCCUAGUAGCGGAGAAGAGCAUAGUCGCUAUAGGAGCCUCUCGUGGUGACCCUCGCACCCCCAUCUUUGAGGGGUGUUCCCCUUCCCCCCUGUUGCCCUCUAUCACCUCUCCUAUUGCGGCCGACCUACUUGGUCUUGAGUCGGUCGGUGCGGCGUCUGCCCCUAGCGGGAGACGCCGCUCUUGCAAGGGCAAGGGGGGCAAGGGCGCGGGUGGAUCUAGCGGGGGUGGUGGAGGUGGCGGUGGAGGCGGCGGAGGGAGUGGGGGUGGCGGUGGGAGUGGUGCCGGCGGUGGAGGUGGAGGUGGCAGUGGCAGCGGCGAAGGCGGAGGCGGCGGUGGCGGUAGCGGUGGGAGCGGAGGCGGCGGUGGCGGCGGAGGUGGAGGCGGCAGUGGUGGAGGAGGUGGAGCUGGUCGAGGUGGUACUUCUCAGCGGAGCGACUCCGGGAGUGGUCAGCGCCAGCAGCAGCAGCAGCAAGAGCAGCGUUCUCGGAACAUCCCCCCUCCUCAGCAGCUCCGUGAGUGGUUCACGCAGCAUCAGCGUGGUGGGGGUUUUGGCCCGUGCACCUACGUCCUCCGCUCCGGCGACCGCACGGGUGAGCAGUGUGGGGGUGCCCACCCCACCCAGCGCUGCUUUGGCCGCCUGACAGACGCUUGGCGUCAGCAGUUCCCGGAGGCUAGUGAGAUCCCCAGCUGGGGAGAGCUGUCUAGGGCAGGCGUAGCUGUCUUUGAUCUUGACUUUGCUGCUAUCCUUGCUGCCAUGUAUGCUGUGACUAUUAGUGAUAAGGGUGACUGUUACCGGUGUUUCCCGCCCGAACCGGGCAUUGGUACUGCUGCUCUAGGUACUGGUGAGGCUGCUGCUCUAGGUGCCAGUGCGUCAGCGCACUCAGGUGCUGGUGAGUCUGCGCUCUCAGGUACCACGUCGGCUUCGGCCUCCCUCACCUUCACACUUGACUCAGGGGCUUCUCGCUCCUUCUUUCAAGACCGCACCACACUCACGCCGCUUGGUCGGCCAGUUGCAGUCUCCCUGGCAGACCCCUCUUGGGGUCCUGUCCUAUCUCACUUCUCCACUGUCCUCCCGUGUCCGGCUGCCCCCUCUGGCACCUUGUCUGGUCUUUACCUCCCCUCAUUCUCUACAAAGUUGGUGAGUGCUGCUGACCUGCAGGAUACGGGGGUUCACCAGUUCACUCCUCCGAGUCAGCGGGUGACCCACUGCACGGACGCUCGGACAGGCCGACCCCUGGCCACGUUUACACGUAGCUACGUCGGGUCAGGUGUUUGCUCUAGCGUCUAG